GUUUAAAAAUUAAAUAAUUUUAAAAAUAAAAAAAAUUAAAAAUUUAAAGAAAAUAAAAAUUCUACUCAAAGUGAAAUAGAAAAUUAUAAAAUAAAUAUAUUUUAAAAAAUAAAAUAAGACUUGAAGGAAAAGUGUCCUUAUUGAAUUAACUUUUGAUGAACAUUUUUUUAUUAUUAUGUAAAAACCCAGUGAUAGUAUUCACAAAUAAAAAAUCUUCAAAAAAAAAGAAAAAUAAACUUUAAUUAAAAAUUUGGAAAAAAGAAGAGAAAAAAACUGAAAAAAUGAAUUCCGUUGAAUUGAUCGUCGACCAAUAUGACGAAACAGAAGUUGAUCUCAAAAUGUCGCUCAAACCAAAGCGGCGCACAGGCUGGAACGUCAAAAUGUCAGAUCUCGCCCGCUACACGCACAAUCCCAUCCGAGCCAUCGUCGAAGGCAUGAAAAUCGAACCGAAUCCGGAAAAGCAACUGAUUGCCCUCUCAAUCGGUGAUCCUACAACUUUUGGCAACAUGCGUCCCGCUCCCGAAAUAAUUGAAGCCGUGAAAAAUGUCAUCGUCAAGGAAACGCAUAACGGCUACGGACCAUCCAAUGGUUUCGUGCAAGCACGUCAAGCCAUUUGUGACUACGAGAAACACCAAGGCGACCUCACGCCAAACGAUGUUAUCAUUUGCAGUGGUUGCUCCACCGCCUUGGAUUUGUGCAUUUCGGCGAUCGCGAGUUACGGUCAGAAUAUUUUGUGUCCACGACCAGGUUUCUCCAUCUACCGCACAUUGUCCGAAGGUCUUGGCGUGGAGGUGCGCAACUACGACUUGAUUCCGGAACGUAAAUGGGAAGCCGACUUGGAGCACUUGGAGUCGCUAAUUGAUGAAAAUACAGCAGCUUUGAUCAUCACGAACCCAAGUAAUCCGUGCGGCAGUGUCUUUAGCAAGGAACAUCUCUUGGACAUUUUAAAAGUGGCGGAAAAGCAUUAUUUACCAAUUAUCGCAGACGAGAUUUACGAACAUUUUGUCUUUCCCGGAUCUGAAUUUCAUGCCAUAAGCUCGUUAUCGAAAAAUGUCCCGGUUUUGUCGUGCGGCGGUUUGACCAAACGCUUCCUCGUGCCUGGCUGGAGAUUCGGUUGGAUUACCAUCCACGAUCGGAAUGGAGUGUUUGGCAAGGAAAUUCGUCAGGCAUUGGGAAAUAUGUCGGGACGUAUUUUGGGCGCAAAUACAAUCAUUCAAGGAGCUCUUCCGGAAAUCUUUAAAAAUACGCCGCAAUCCUUCUACGAUAAUAUUGUUCAAACGAUUCAUAAACACGCUCUUUUGGCAUAUGAUUUGAUUAAGACUACCUGCCCUGGCAUGCACCCCAUUAUGCCGGAUGGCGCCAUGUACAUGAUGAUCCGCAUCGACAUCGAAAAUUAUCCCGAAUAUGAAGACGAAAUGGGCCUUCUGCAGGACCUCAUCAAGGAAGAAAGUGUAUUUUGUCUGCCCGGAAAGUGCUUUGAGAUUCCCAACUACUUCCGCAUUGUGCUCACAGUACCGGAAGAAAUGGUACGUGAAGCCUGUUACCGCAUGGCUGAAUUCUGUGAACGUCAUUACAAACGAGACAAUCGCAUUAUCAUGCAAAAGGAAUUUCUGAAUGGCAUUGAUGAGCUAUAA